AAUCACUCAUAUGCCUUUUCUUUCGGGACAUGACUCAGGAAAUUGCAUGAUGAAACAGUCAAGCAGCCUAGAGGGGCUGGAAAACUCAGAAAACUAUCUAUAUCAACGUAGUUUUCGACAUCCCUUUCUUCCCAUGAGGAUGGACGUGCUCUAACGAACAAGACACAGCUAGCGGUCUAAGUGCUUUCCACCCCAAAUCAAUAAUGCCAUUCUUUCUGACUUGGAUCUCAGAAAUUGGAUGAAGAUGAAAUAGUCAAGCAGCCUAGAAGGACUGAAAAAUCAAAACCAUCCAUGUCACGGUAGUUCUCAACAUCACUUUGUUCCCAUUUGCAUGGACUUGCUUUAACCAACGUGAUAAUGAUACACAGCGGUCUCACCACCAUUUAUCAGCCCAAUUUAGCCUCUACCAUAGAUCAUGUUCAUUGACUUUGUGAACUCUACAGGGUCUCCUACAUAUAUCUCCCUCAAUAUAUUCUUGUUUGCAUCCUCGUAUGAUUAAUCUUGCAAUUCUCAGAAUCCCAUGGCAUCAGCAGCUUCUUUAACUCUAUUUUUCUGCUUCUUCCCUCUACUAAUUGCUCUAGCUCAAUCUGUAGAAUUCAACCUCCCUGGAUUCAAUGCAAGUGAAACAAAUCUUACCAGAGAGGGCGCUUCUAUCAUCAAACCCACUGGUGUGCUUAGACUUACCAACAAAGCACAAAAUGUUACAGGCAAUGCAUUCUAUUAUCAACCAAUUCCAAUGCUUGAUGGAUACCCUUCUGCCUGUCGGAAUGCUUCUUCUUUUAGCACAUCUUUUGUUUUCGAUAUAGUCCCAUCAAGCCCAGGGCUAGGAGGCUACGGCUUGGCCUUCACAUUAUCUCCCUCUCCAAGUUUCCCCGGAGCUGGGACAGAACAUUACCUGGGAAUUUUCAACUCGGCAAAUGAUGGCAAUGAGACCAACCAUAUCUUUGCAGUUGAAUUUGAUACCGUUAAUGGGCACAACGAGAAGGAUGACAGAAGAGGAAACCAUGUUGGAAUCAACAUCAAUAGCGUUAAUUCAAGAUUCUUAAAGGCCGCUACUUAUUAUGUCAAUGGCACAAAUGAUGAAGAUCUGGCUUUGGAAGGUGAGGGACCUAUCCAUGCUUGGAUAGCAUAUGAUGGAGUGCAGAAAGUUGUGAAUGUAACAGUAUGCCCUCUGGGAACAGAGAAACCAACCAAAUCCCUUAUAUCUGAACCCGUCGACUUGACGUCGGUGGUCAAGGAAACAAUGUAUGUUGGCUUCUCCGCAUCUACAGGGAGAAAAUCAAGCUCUCAUUACAUCUUAGGAUGGAGUUUUUCGACUAACGGUGAAGCGCCUGCCCUAAACACUUCUCAACUUCCUACAACACCAGUAGAGAAAAGCUCUUCCAAGUCUUUUGAACCCAAAAUCACUGCGAUUAUUGCUGCUUUAUCUGUUGUGACCGUGCUUCUGUUGGUAUCAUUGAUCUCUUUGACAUUGUACAGAAGGAUGACGCGAGAUGAAAACCUUGAAGCAUGGGAGUUGGAUUAUCCUCACAGAUUCAGCUACAAGGAUCUUCACACAGCAACAAAGAGGUUUAAAGAGAGCGAGCUGAUUGGCGUAGGUGGGUUUGGUGCAGUGUACAGAGGUGUGUUGCCCAGUAAAAGAAGUGAAGUUGCUGUCAAAAGAAUUUCUCGGACCUCAGUUCAAGGAAUGAGAGAGUUCGCAGCAGAGAUCGAAAGCUUAGGAAGAUUGAGGCACAAGCACUUGGUUAAUCUCCAAGGAUGGUGCAAGAAAAAGAAUGAUCUCCUUCUGGUCUACGAUUACAUCCCUAACGGAAGCCUCGACACACUACUGUUUAACCCGAAGGACAAUUUCGUGUUGAGCUGGGCAAGACGGUUCGAUAUCAUCAAAGGCAUCGGAGCAGGGCUAUUGUAUUUGCAUGAAGAAUGGGAGCAAGUGGUCAUCCACCGGGAUGUAAAAUCCAGCAAUGUGAUGAUAGAUGCUGAAAUGAACGCCAGGCUGGGUGACUUCGGUCUUGCCAGGCUAUAUGAUCAUGGAACAGCAUCGCAUACCACCAACGUUGUUGGUACAAUCGGAUAUAUUGCACCUGAAUUGGCUCGCAACGGGAAGGCCUCCACCAGCACAGACGUGUUUGCAUACGGAGUUUUGCUUCACGAAAUAGCCACCGGACGGAGGCCUACAGAUUCAGGUAACUUCUUCCUGGUGGAUUGGGUGAUGGAAUGCCGGCAAAUGAGUCGAAUCCUUGAUGCAGCAGACCCUAAGUUGAACUCUAAUUACGUGGUUGAGGAGAUGGAGUUGAUUCUGGAAUUGGGUCUUCUUUGCUCUCAUCAGAGACCAGGUUCUAGGCCAACCAUGCGACAAGUGAUGCAGUAUCUCAACGAGGAUGGUCCUCUUCCUUUCGUUGAUGAUGAACGCUCGACUGAUUGUCAGAGCAUUUUUGAGACAAAUGCAAGCUCGACUGAUUGUCAGAGCACUUUUGAGACAAAUGCAAGAAUCUUGGACGUGAUUUCUAAAGAUUCAAUCUUGACAUCACAUAAUUCGUCAUCCAUCGGCGCAAUAUCCUCUACUUCUAUAUCUGCCGGGAGAUAAUCUCGACCCGCGGCGGACCCUGCUGCUUCCCAAGGUCCACGGUGCUCUGCCCCAACCUAGUAGAAUUUAGUUCUCUUUUAGUUUUGCUUGCCCUUUGCUUGUAAUCUGCCAUUUUUGUCAGUUUUUGUAUACAUUUUUUUUUUAUUACUGAUGCUCUACAACUGUAUUCCUUCCAACCAAUUAUUGAUUAUUUAACAGAGCAAGGC